AUGAUACUCUCGACUCCUUUCAACCUAGACCGUCGUCUAGCACGAGGAUGUCCAGCUUCCACUACGACCUUCGUGGAAGAACAAAAAGUGGGGGAGCGGUGCAAGCAAGACCUUGUAUCGGUGGUGUUGUCCUGCCUGAUGGCCGCCGUGGCCGCCGCCCCUCAGUUCACUCGACCCAACCUUCCCGAUCGACCUUUCGUCCCCAUCCUGAGGGACGAGCGACAGGAUCUGGGCGACGGAGCCUUCAGCUACGUCUUCGAAGCCGCCAACGGAAUCCGCGAGUCCCGCGUGGGCAACCCCGGAUCCAAGGGCCAGACCAACAUGCAGGGAUCCUACUGGUUCCCCCUCGACGACGGCACCUUCGCCGAGGUUCGCUUCGUCGCCGACGAGUCCGGAUUCCGCGCCGAGUCCCCCCUCAUCCCCACCCCCACCCCCUCCCCGCCCACGCCGUCGAGCAGAUUCGCGUCGCCGAGGAGCAGCGGCGUCGCGGAAUUCAGUUCUGAAGAGGACAUUGCACCUAAUGAAGAGUGA